AUGAUCCUCAGACGCCCGCUCCUCAACGCCUCCUCGGCCGCCGCGGCGCUCCCCAGGACGUGCACGCGCAGCCUGCAGCACAGCAUCCCCAUGCGCCCCGUCCCCAAACCAACGCCCUUCAUCCCCGACCACGCCGCCUUCCUGACCGCAAUCGGCCGCGGUCUCUCGGCACACACCGGAAAGAUCCCCUCGUGGGAAGCCCUCUUCACCCUCACGUCGCCGCAGCUCAAGGAGCUGGGCGUCGAGCCCGCCCGCUCGCGCCGCUACCUGCUGCACUGGCGCGAGAAGUUCCGCAACGGCGAGUACGGCGUCGGCGGCGACUGCCAGCACGUCGCCGACGGCGUCGCCGAGCUGACCGUCGUCGCCGCCCCGGUGGCCCCGAACCCCCAGCUGGGGAACACCAUCAGCCCGCGCUCUGCCGCCGCGACCGCCACGCGCAACCCGGGCACGAGGAGCGUCGUCGUGAACGUGCCUGCUGGCGAGACAGCGGCUGCGCGCGUUGACGCGUUGCCCGCUGUGAGUGGCGUGCUGGUCAAGGGUGCCCGGACGAUCAAGGGCAGCUACGUCGAGCCGGUGAAGGGCAGUGAGGGGCUGAGGGCGAGGAUACGGCUGCAGGAGGGAAUGUGGGAAGACAGGAGAGGGCACAAGAUCGAUGGUGGCGAGAGGCGGAAGGCAGAAGUCCGGGCGAAGAGGAGGGCGGCGGAGAAUAAGGAGAAGGCGAGGUAG